AUGAAUAUUCAGGCACCGUCGAAAUGGACUACUGUCCUUAGAAAUGCAAGAGUUCAUCCAAAACCCUAUUACGUAGUCCCUAUAAGCUAUAGAGACAUUUUGGACGGGAAGUCCCUGGCAGUUCCUAAAAAGGUUAAAACAUCUCAAGGUUUGGAAAUUAAAAUAACUGACAUUACCAGAGCUAAAUUUGAUAAAAGUUCCAUAAACAAAUUUGUCGUAUUUACAAAUUAUGACCUAGAGUCGGAGGGCCAUGAGGUAGCAUUUCCUGAAAAAAGGAUUGAACUUAUUCCUCGUGCCUAUAACUCCGAAUUACCUAUUAAUAAGAAGAAAUUAAAUAACCUUUUAGAUCUCUGUAAAAGCCUUAAAAUAAAAAAACAGUACCACGCUGAAUACUUAGCUUUGCAAUCGAGUAAUACUGAACCGGACGCCUUACCAGAAACUGACAUGGAGGAUAAUUUGGAAUAG